UCGAGCCUCUCUCUUGUGUGCCGGUUAGCACGUGUGGCUCUGUCAAUAUCGUACGAAUAAAGCAUUUACCGAAUCGGUAAACCACAUCUGGGUCAGCGACAUGGCUACGUCUUUCGAGCAAAUGCGAGCCAACGUCGGCAAACUUCUGCGAGGGAUUGACAGGUAUAAUCCGGAGAAUCUUGCCACACUGGAGCGCUAUGUAGAAACACAGGCAAGAGAAAACGCGUAUGAUUUGGAAGCAAAUCUUGCUGUUCUCAAACUGUACCAGUUCAACCCAGCGUACUUCCAGACUUCAGUUACAUCUCAGAUUCUCUUGAAGGCAUUGACCAACCUGCCACACACAGACUUCACUCUCUGCAAAUGUAUGAUCGAUCAAACACACCAGCAGGAGGAACGCCCCAUAAGGCAGAUUCUGUACCUGGGCAACCUGCUGGAGACCUGCCACUUCCAGGCAUUCUGGGCUAGUCUAGAGGAAAACAGGGAGCUCAUUGAUGGAAUCACGGGGUUCGAGGACUCCGUACGGAAAUUUAUUUGUCAUGUGGUGGGAAUCACCUACCAGAACAUUGACCAUCGACUGCUUGCUGAGAUGCUUGGAGAUCCACUUGACACACAGGUCAAAGUGUGGAUGAGUAAAUAUGGCUGGACGGAGGGUGAGGAUGGACAGAUCUUCAUCUUUAAUCAGGAAGAGAGUGUGAAGCCCAAGAACAUUGUGGAAAAGAUUGACUUUGAGAGUGUAUCCAGCAUCAUGGCCACGUCUCAGUGAACCGGAGACGCAACCCCUCUCCCACCUCCAGACACCUCCCCGACAUCUGCCCCACUUUUACAAUAAAAGGAAAGCAUAAAGCCAAAA